AAACAAACCUGUGCUGUCAGUAAGCGUUUGAGCGCCUCUGCGAAAGGACGUGGUUAGCCGGAGUCUCUUGUUUUACCGCUGCGGUGCUCUCCACUGUUGAAUCUGUUCUCGUCAUAGUACACGAAGAGGCAUAUAUCUAAGAUGAACUUUUCUUUCGCUGGAUGCGGGUUUUUAGGAAUCUACCACGUGGGCGUAGCUGCCUGUUUGAAGAAGUACGCCCCUAAUCUGUUAGUGAACAAGAUCGGGGCAUCUGCUGGCGCAUUAGCGGCAGUUUGUUUACUAUGCGAUUCUCCCUUGGGAACCAUCACUUCGUCGGUCUUGAAAACGGCCACGGAGGCGAGGAGCCGAACCCUAGGUCCCUUCAGCCCCACUUUCAACGUCGAGAAACUCCUCAGGGAAGGUCUCCUCAGUGUACUCCCAGAUGAUGCUCACAAGAUUGUAAGUGGAAAAUUAUUCAUCUCAGUCACUCGGGUGAGUGACGGCAAGAACAUCCUUCUCUCACAGUUUGAUACUCGUGAGGAACUCAUUCAGGCUAUAUUGUGUUCCUGCUUCAUCCCUGGAUUCAGUGGGUGGCUGCCCACACGUUUCUGCGGAGUCCGAUAUGUGGAUGGAGGUUUUACAGACAAUCUACCUAUUUUGGAUGAAAAUACUGUGACAGUCAGCCCUUUUUGUGGGGAUAGUGACAUCUGCCCAAGAGAUGCAAAUGUCAAUUUCUUGCAGGCCAUUCUGUGCUCCUGUUUCAUCCCUGGAUUCAGUGGGUGGAUUCCUCCUCAGUUCAAGGGUGUGCGUUAUGUGGAUGGGUUUUGUAGCGACAAUUUACCCAUACUUGACAAACAUACUGUUACUGUCAGCCCCUUUGCUGGUAAUACAGAUAUCUGUCCAAAUGACCAUGAUGAAAAGGCAUUUGUGGUAAGCUUAGCCAACACCAGUAUUGAGCUGAGCAAGGAAAAUCUUUAUCGGUUUGCCAGAAUCCUGUUCCCACCUCCACCUGAAGUCCUGAACAAGAUGUGUCAGCAGGGAUUCAAUGACACUUUGGAUUUCCUUCAAAGGAACAAUCUCAUAAAUUGCAUGAGAUGUUUGGCAGUUACUUCAAAAUUCACAUUAUCAAAUACACCAGAGGAAGUUCAUAUUGGUAUUGAUGAAGAACUUGACUGUGCUGACUGCCAUAAACAGAGAAAGGAAGCAAUUAUUGAUCAGUUACCAGAGCAGGUUGGAGCUAUAUUGCAAGAUGCCAUAGACAAAGCUAACGAGGGUCUGAUGAACUGGGUCUUUAAACACCGAUCCAUGAAACUGCUGUCAGUUCUGACCUUGCCUUAUGUGCUGCCAAUUGACAUAGCCUAUGCAGCUUUCCUUAAGUUUUCAAGCUCUACUCCUAGCAUCCAUAAUGUUACAGUGCUUGGGAAACAGAUUGUCGACCUUGUACAGGCUCUCAUGUCUAGUGUUACACAGCCAAAUGUUCACCACCACCAUCAUGAUGGAAAGUUCUCUUGCCAGUUGGCCAUCACAGAAUUUGCUGGGGACCAAGAAGCUCCACGCAUAGGCAAUCGCCAUAACUUUGAUUUCACUCUAGAUAUGUCAGAUGUUGGAAUGCCACAGAGCCAUAAAGAAGCCAUGAUGUUAGAGUCUGAGGCCUUGAAACAAGUUGCCUUACGCUGUGCCUCACGAUGUGUUUCUCGAGCAGAGUCUCGUGUAGCUUCCCGCGCAGGGUCUCGUGUUGCUUCUCGUGCAGCAUCAAGGGCUGUUUCAAGAGCCGUUUCUAGAAUGCCUUCUCUUGACAAUCUUAAUGAUGAUAGCCUCUACGAAGGACCUGGUUACAUUACUGAUGAUGCUUUCGAGCAGAUAAUGAAUGUCACCACUCAUCAGGAGGCACUUAUGGCUUAUUACUUCUUAGAUGAUAAUAAUGAAGUCCGUGUCACAGAAAUAUUUGACAUGACAGAUGAUGACCCUACUGCAGAUGCUUGUGGCUUGGAAGUUGAUUCUGAUCAUCGUCUCACAAUUCCAGUUACAAAUCUGUCACACUGGACAAUGUCACGUAAUGACUCCAUCAAUUCUGAAGACUAUGAAGAAAGUGUUUGUGGCAUCACACUUUCAGACACUGAAUCUGAACAUUGCCAAAGAUGUGAUAAUGAGCCUGAAGCUGAACAAGUACUGACUCCUCCUCAACACAGAUAUUCCCUACAUAGUUAAAGUCAAUGCACAGGAGUGCUUUUGAGCUUUAAAUUUUGAUGUACCUUUUGUUGUUCAUAUUACAACCUUUAUGGUUAUCAAGUUCCUAAAUGGGCUUCCUUCUGUCACUGAAGGACACUUAAGUGCUUAUAAGUCUCCCCCCCUUUUUCUCAUAGUUCAGUCUCUCUUCCAUGUGCGGUGCUUUAUUAAUAUGGGGAGCUACCUCAAGUUUUCAGAAGCGCUUGUUUUACAAGCUGCUUCUGGAUGCAGUAUCUGUAUAUGUAUGUACUGUUAAGAGUGCUGUAAAUAUUCUAUUUUUGUGGUGCUACUUUCAAAUACGUCAUUGUUGAGGCAUAUUUUAUAUAAUAUAUAUACAGUAUAUCAAGUUGCCUUGCAGCUCAUUUAUAUUGGACUCUCAUAUUUAAGUGAAACCUGUAAUGAAUACAGGUAGUACCCGUUUAUCGGCAGGAGUUCCAUUCCGAUAACCGGGGCUACCUGCCUGUGUGUGUAUAUAUAUAUAUACAUACAUACAUACAUAAUGUGUAUAUGUAUAUUAUAUAUAUAUGUUUUAUAAUUUGGGAACAAUAUUUGAUAACUUUUAAUUAAAUACUAUAUUUCAAAAUACAUAAAGUUAUCUGUAUUUUGAGACUAACUUAUGCAGCUAAAGAAGUGUUUCUGUAAGUUGGACGAGUGAUAUAAACUUUAUGACAGGUGCGACACACAUGAAAGAGAAUGGAAGGGAUAAACUCAAACUGAUCUUUUAUCCUAAUGUCAUUGGUAUAAUAACCAUUUUAUAGUAAAUGUUUUGAAAAUGAGUUUGAGAUAACACAUUCUAUGUGUAUUAUUAUAAAAAUAAUCUUACAAAAAAAUUUUUGAAAAAAGUUGAAUUUGUGGAAGUAGUACAGUAAAUAUUUUUGUACCUAUCAUCACUUCGGUGACAUUCUGGACAUUCUGCCUCUCAGGUCCUUCAUGUACUAGGUUUUUCCACAAAUCUCCACCCUCUGUUCUCAUUAAAAGUAAAUGUAUCUGGGUCUUCCAACUCUUUUGGUGCAAGAACACAAAUUUUGAUUGGGGAUCCAUCCUUUACCUAAAAAGGUGUCAACCUAUAUGGCAGCAGGUGUUUGUACCCUGAACUCGGGAUCAUUUAUCCAGGUACAACCAGCUGGACCUUGUGCUCACCAAGAAUCAGGGAUGCAAACAGGGUAAUACCAUUAAUAGUGCCAAAGAUAAAAAAUUAAUAUUGUAGGAAACAUUGAUUGAUUUCUAGCCAUACCUUACCGUUCCUCAAAAUCACCAGCCAUCCCUCUGUUCUCUUUCACCUGUUGUGAAAGGCAACAUACUCAGGAACUUAGAAUUACACUACUUAGGAUACUCGCUGGGUCCUUUUGUUGUCUUUACUGUUAAGAAUGUUCCUGGUUUCCUUGACAUAAUUUUUUGUUUGCCAUAGGAUCUCAAUAAAGUAGUUUAACACACUAGCAUUCGCAAGAAUCAUUAGCCAAGUUAUUUUUAUAGUUUAUGACAUUAAACAAACUUUGUGUUACAGAAACUGGGGCAAUUCUAUCUUUCCACAUUUGUAACUGGUAGACAGAAGAUUACUUUAUGUAUUAUUAUCUACUGUAGUCUUAUGGCUGUUUAAUUUACUUGUGUAUCAUAAAAGUACUUACUAUCUACCUCUGUAUAUGAUAAAAGUCAGCUGCUGUAUCCAACUCUUAAAUCUAGAAGUCUUUAUAUACCAUUGCAUUAUACCAGUAUGACACUUGAAGGCAGGGUGACACCAUAUUUUUUAUUUAAAAUAUCAGAUUAACAAAAUGAUGACGAAAAUGUUUUGUUGUUGUUCAAUACAUAUAGUUGAAGAUCAACGUCUUGGUAAUCUGUUUGCCUGUAUAUGUAGGGUAUCAAAUUGUGUGGUAGGGGAAAAAAUGUCUGCAAUUUGGCUGCUUGUAGUUCUUUGGUGGAGAUUGGGUUUUGUUAUAUAAUGUUCUCUUUAAUGUUGUGCUCAAGUGGUUUCAUUUCAAUUAUGCAAAACAAGCCAUAUUAUAGAAGUUCUGCCUUAAAAAACUAAACCAUGGGAACCUUGGGCCUCAAACACUUUGGGCUACAUGAGAAACUUGGGCUUUAAACCUUUUUUAAAAUGUACAAUUGUGUGAAGUUUGAACAAAUUUCUUGACUCCAAUGCACUAAGUAUGAGGAAAAGAUACAAAUGCAUUGCCAACAUCAAGGUUUUAUAAGCAAUUCAUUACCCAAACUUAAUAACGGCUGAUACACUCUCUACACCAUGAAUUUCACAAAUACAGUAAUAUGUACUUUAUUUGCUGGUUUAAAAAUGAAACCUGAAUUAUUACUAGACUUCUCUAAUAAAGGCUUGUGACCUUUGCAAAGGAAAAUGUACUGUUGUUUUUAUGAAACUUCUUUGACUCAAAAAGAUAGCAGGGAGCUGAAGUAUAUCUUGAAUUGUGCCAAAAGUACUCAUAAAAUGCUUGUGUUUAUGGUUCACUGUUCCUCUUUAGAAGCAGAAGCUUUAUAAGACUAGAUUGAAAGGGAUUCCCAUUGGACUAUGGCAACUGAUUAAUUAUGGAUCUAUUUAGAUUUAGUGUAUCCUUCCAGUUUUUACAGGCGGCAUGUAGAGUUGAAAUUUUAGUGCAUUGUAGUAUUUAUAGUUUGUAUAUACAGUGAUCCCUCCAUACUUGCAGGGGAUGUGUAACAGAACUUCCCCCCCCCCCCCCCCCCCACCCCCCCCAAACAGUUGGAACUCUGUAAAAAUGCUGAAAAUGGCCUAUCUUGUAAGUUAAAACUCAAGGAAAACCCACUAAAAAUUUUCAUACCUAGUAUUUUUAAUAGUUUUAUCACAAAAAGUGCAUUUUAUGAAAUUUCUACAAAAAGCCAGGAAUUAGUGGAUAUUUCUCAUAGAAAAAUUCAGUGAAUAGGCAAAUUUCCCGCUAAUGGGUAGAUAUGGUCCACAGAGAAAUCUGCGAAUCCGGAGAACACGAGUGGGGGCCACAACUGUAUGUAGUAUAUAUAUAUAUUAUAUAUAUAUAUAUAUAUAUAUAUAUAUAUAUAUAUAUAUAUAUAUAUAUAUAUAUAUGAAUGCAGUCCAUUGCCUAAAAAGUUGCAUUCUUAGCUGAAGCUGGAAUGGUCAUUGAAACUUGGUAACAGGGUGGUUAAAUGGAGACAGGCAGGGGAGUGAGGGGGUUUUCCCUUGCUCUGACUGACCAUCACAUUGAAACAUCUGCUUAUUUUUUUAGCAUUAAUUUGAACAAGAAAACUGAACAAAGAAAGAUGUGUAGAGCAUAGGUGGGUGGUUAGCAUAACAGUUUUGCUGUUACAAUUGUAAGUUUUGUGAAGAGUGCUCUCUAUCAUUUGCCAAGUGAUACUCACACAAGAGUAGGCGACUAUCCCAUGCUCUCUGAAAGUGCUAACCCAGGUGCGUGUCCCAAGUGCUUCCCAGUUCAGACAGUGCCUUGUAUUUGCAGUUCACCACUGCCUACUAAUGUUUUAUUGGCAGUUUCACUGGAGUAAUGACCUAGUAUUCAAAGCCAUCCAUCUUUUGCUGCUGUUUUUGCUAAAGAACCCAAUGCUGUUGGGCCUCCUACAGUGAUCAGCUUCCCUUGUAGAUAACCUCAAUUGUAUCAAAAUCACACCAUGUUCCUCCAUUACUACUUCCUGCCUCAACACAUCCUGUAACCAAGAAUGGUAAGGCUCAUAUGCAGAAUCCUUUCAUCUUCACUUUCUUGCCUUUUCUUUCUUCCAUGGGAAGUAAUAAUGGAGAUCUCAGAAGCCCUCUUGUAAAAAGUUCUCUCAGACGUUCAAGUGAGCACCAUCCUUUUUGUGGGAGUUGUUGACAGGUUUCACUCUCCUUUGGGUAGGACGUCUGCCACAGAUAGGGUGGGGACACUAGGUUCUCUUAGCAUGCAUGUGGACCAGAGAGAGAUGCUUCUGUUCUUAGUAGCACUUUUGAUCUCCCAAGUUUUUCCUAGCGUGAGAGUUCGGACACAUCUAACUUUGGCUACUUUGACUCAGGGACUGUUACAAGAGUAAUUGUUCCCUGCUCUCAAACCCAGAAGAUUCAACUUGCCAUUUAGUUGAGUGACUAUCCUCUCACCUGAAAAACUUUUGAUAAUUCUCAUAAGAACAAAUAAAAGAUUUUAAAGUAACUUGUUCUUCUCUUUGGUAUUACAAACCAGAACCUUCAAUCCCAAUUCUAUCUCAGCCACCCUGUGUCAUCCCUGAUGCUGAAGGAAAAAAUAGUUGAUUAUUGCAGGUUAGUAUAGGGUUAGCUCUGCUUACAUAGGUAUCUACCUACAUUGAACUACUUUGUUACCAAGUUCCAAUGAACAUUGCCACUCACACUGAAGAAUGCUUCUAUACAGAGGCUCUUGUUCAUAGACCUAAAAAAAUUACAGAAGGAAAAUGACUAUUGGGGUUUAAGGUGUCUACUCAGAUGUGGAGACUCCUUCCACAAAUAUCAGUUGAGAACGCUGGUCACGAGUAGGUUUAGGAAAGUGCCGAGACACUGACAAUGUCUCUUGUCUUCAGUUUCUGUGUAGAUCAGAUCAUUUAUGUAGUUAAUGUCCUUGAAUCAUGAAAGGAUACCGACUUGAUAUGUAAACAUUUUUGGGGUAUCUGUCUCUUCCCUUUAAAUUUCUCAUUCUGCUGAAAGCUCUUGUUCAAUCAGCAUUAAGAACUCUGGUCACUAUCAAGCAACUUGGCAAUGUUCUCUUCACCACCCUCAAACUAGAAUCAGUUUCAUGAUCCUACAAAUGCUGUCAAUUCUUAGUAUGUGGUACCUUAUCCCUCUUUACUUUGACAGAACAUGCAUCACUUUCAAAUAUGACAAAAUACAAAAUACAAUCUUGCAUAUGCUAGGCAAGAAUUUCUCAAAAUUUACAGUAUAAUAACACUUGAAGAAAGUCAUGCAAUUACAGUCACUGACUUUGAAUGAAGAAAAUCUUGCAGUUACACUCACUGACUGAAUAAUUGCAUUGCAGUUAUUUCAAUAACCUGUGCUUGAAGAUAUGGUUAAUGUCUGUGCACUAUAAAAUUUACCAUAUAUUUAGUCAUCCAAAUUUUUCAGAAAUAUCUUAACAUACCAAAUACUAAAAGAUUUAGUCACAAAUAUCAUAUAAUGCUGAUGAAGUGUUGUUGCACUACCCAAGAUUUGAUGACCAGCAGUAAAGGUCUAAAUUCUCUACCUCUGUCAAAACACCUAAUGGCUGAAGAACACAAUCCAGUGACCUUAUCAAGCAAAUAUUGUGUAUAUAUAUAUAAGAAAAAAAAAUAGACCAAACAAUUGGUAACCCAGGGUUGAUUGUACAUAAAUGUAAUUGCUACUGCUGUUAUGAAAUAUUCACACUCCCACCAACUUCCAAAGUUUAUCAAAGACCAAAUACCAGAUGAUGUGAAUAUAAAAUCAGCAUCGGGGUAUAUAUUUUCACCUAGUCAUUCCAAAUGUAUACAGUAGGUACUUUUAAUAAAAUUUGCAAAUA